AUGCAAAUCUUGCCUGUUUUCGCCCUCGCUGCCCUCGUUUCCGCCGGCCAGUGGGACACGUACCCCAAAGUGCCCAAAACAGCAUCCAUCAACGGAUUUGCCGACCCCAUCUACGAAAAACUCCCCUCUUGUGCCAAAGAAUGCGUGAAAGUGACCACCAAAAUCACCCCUUGUCCUUACUGGGACACUGGCUGUUUCUGCGUGAUGCCCCAGUGGUCAGGAAUGGUGGGGUCGUGUUUUGCCGAAAAAUGCAAGGGCUCUGACGUUGCCAGCGCCACUUCUUUGGCCUAUUCGCUUUGUGAAAAAGUCGGCGCCAACAUCUGGAUGAUGCCUGCUUCUGUGUCCACACAGCUCUCGGAGGCUGCGGGCACGUGGCAGGUUGCAGCUGCCACCACGAAAAGCUCUGAUUUCGGCGACGGCGCCAAGUUGUCUUCGGUGGUAGCUUCCGCCGAGAAAGCCGAAAAGACCGAGUCCAAAUCGUCUCUGGCCGAGUCUCUGGCGGCGGUUCCUGCUUCUCUGGGAAGCUCUGGAGCUGCUGCGGCCACUUCUGGCACCUCGGGCGCCGCUGGGGCCAAUAGCACUGGAACAGGGGGAUCGGGCUCUUCCAACUCGAGUUCGUCUUCUUCAGUGGGUUCAGGAGCAACGUACGUUCAAGGAACCAGUGUUUUGGCGUUUAUUCUUUUGGCGGUGGUUUCGGCAAUGAGCUAG